AUGUUGUACUCUAGUAAUCUUAGGCGUCCACCCGAGCAUAAAAAACAGCCUGUGGCCUGCGAAGCUGCAGCAAUCUGCGGUAGUGUGUCCUCAAGCUGCUUCAUAAUCUUUCGACCUGUAAAUGAGCUCCACUUGAUUCGAGAAGGAGUAUAUACCUUGCCGCCGAGACGAAAGCGUGGUACCAAGCUGCAGACUGAGCUCGAUGCUAUUGACGAACUGGGCGGCAUCGAGCUCGUGGAGCACAUGUCUUCGUUCAAAGAUGCAUUUGUUGCAAUCUCGCUUUAUUGCAGUCUCUCUAGCGUCCAGCUAUGCUAG